AUGGCUGAUCACACCAAAGCUGCGCGAUCUAUCAUCACGGCACGAUCCGAGGUUCCCACGGAUAUGGGUUCUACGCAUGUUGGAACCGAACCAUACAUAUCUCCGCUUUUGGGGCUUCCCUGCGAGCUGCUCGUGCAUACGGCAUCGUAUCUCUCCCCGGAAGAUUUGUUCAGCCUACGUUUGACAUGUCGUCGGGCCGAGAUCUUCUUAUUCGACUCUUUUUCGGAGGAAUUCUUUUCUGAUAGAAGAUUCAUGGUUACUGAGUGUCUAGGAUGUCUCAUCAACAUAUCCAAGCAUCCCAAUCUAUCAAGACGAUUAUCGAAGCUCACCAUCGGACUUGAUCGAAUAUAUAGCUUCAACGCUUUGCCAUCUGUUAGAGGUCGAGAUCGAAAUCUACUUCGCGAUAAUGUACCUGCCAGGGGAAAGUAUAGAGCCGAAGACCUAGAAGAGCUUGCUGUGGAGCAAAACUGGCUAGUCGGUAGUGGACAGUUGCAGUUGUUGCUUGGUGAAGCUUUGAACCGGUUGCCGAACAUUGUUGAGCUUGUCAUACGAGACAACCAUGUCCCGGGCGGCUCUCUUCGCCCUGGAUCCAGCCAGGUAGCUGUAAGCUACGGCACCGCCCAAAUUCUUCAGCGGACCGGGAUUAGAUUCGUCGGCGAUGAAUCACAUCUUCUCUCACAAGACCAGUUCCCGGACAUGAUCUUCGCAGCUUCUCUGCUAGCCGCAGCAAGAAGCGGCAAACGACUGAAAUCCAUUACCGUAGAUAUACGGAAGAAGGACAUGGGUUUGUCCAGCUCAGCUUUUGCGAUCCCGAAAUCUCUCGCCGAGCCGCUCAGACUUACUUUACAAGACCUCCGCUCCCUUGAUCUCUCCGUCAGUUUUACGUACGUCUCGCUUGGGAGUUUUACGACCAGUUCGCUCGGGUUCCUGCCCUGGCAACCUCACUACCUGUUCAAAUUGCUCGAGUAUACGCCGAACCUGGUCCGUCUUCGGGUGGAGUCCAAGGGCGCCAGCUUGCUGAAAGACGAGAUCAUAGGCUGGCUUGCUCAUCUGGUGGACUUAAGGAGGGGGAAGAAGGCUCAGGGGUUGCGCGUGCAGGGCGUGAUGGACGCCAGUCUCGAUCGCCUCGCCCAGGCUCAGAGAUUUCAGAUGCUGCAACACCUGGAAUUGGAAAACAUGGCUGCUCCCGCAUCAUCCCUCUCCAAGGUUCUGCUCCAUCUCACCGGCUCUCUCCGAAAGUUGUGCUUACGUAUGGUGGGAGUGUCGGUCGUCUCGGACGACGACGAGCUCGACAAUAACCCUCGGAGCCCUAAUGCAUGGACCUCCAUGUUCCGGGACAUGUCCGAGUCCAUCAGCUUGGAGGAGAUACAAGUCAGCUCCCUGGGUCAUCAUACUCCGAGUUGCUCGACCAAGGAUAAUAAUAGGCACCAAGUCGCCUUUUUGAAAUCGAAGACUGGUGUUCAGUCGAGUUUGGAAAACGGGUUGCUUGAUAGUUGGUCUCAUGCGGGCAGCAUUCCGGCUAUGAAAAGCUUCCUCCAGGAGAUUGCGGAAAAGACUGUUGUCAUAUGCACCAAUUGCAAACAAAGGAAUUCUGGUUAUCGGACCUGCGAAGAUAUUUUAGAUGAGAAUCUCUAGAUUGGAAUUAGUCGUCUGAUGGCUACUGCGAUUGUAUUCGGGUGGCUUUCUGGUGUUGCAGAUACCUACCAUACUGAUAAUAUCAUCUUGAUAUCUAGGUACCUACCUAGAUUCCCCUUUUUUGUGGCAUUUUGUGGCUUUUCUUCCUCCGUACAACAAUACAUGAUAUCGCUUCCCAAUAGAAGAAUGGGUAGCUACAUAUUUGCGUGGAGAUAGGAGCCAUCUUAUGAUUGGAACCUGUAGGUAAUCAUUUAACCCUACAAGGAAUAGGCUUCAACUAAACCAGCCCAUUUAGUUGGGUAAACAAGCAUUCCCCCUGAUGGAGAUGGUUACAUUAGUCGUCACAAAUACUCA